UUGGUAGGCGUUUAAAUCCGAUUCCGGGACCUUAUAAUCCUUGUUUGGUUUUUGUUCCUCCCCCCCAAUCCACACAAUCCGCUCCGGGACUUCUGUGUAACCUGCUCAAGUUUCAGAGUGCGCGCGGUUGUCUUUUGUUGUCUGAGCAGGCGCGCGCGUCGCAGUUUUGUACAGUGUGCUCGGGGGGGAAAAAUAUAUAUAACAAAUAUAUAUCGUUUUAUUUUUUUCUCUCCCUCCCCGGCAUUAGAAAGAGCAGUGUUAGUUGUGGAAAGCAUGUCGGUGGGCAUCGAGUUGGGAUUCUCUAACGACGAGGUGCUGAGCGCGCGCUUCCCGUUGCACCGCGCCUGCAGGGACGGAGACGUGCGCGCGCUUAGCUCCCUGCUGCAGCGCCCCGGCGACCGAGAGCAGCUCCAGGCGGAGGACUCCUUCUACGGCUGGACUCCCAUUCACUGGGCGGCACAUUUCGGAAAGCUGGAGUGUGUGUUGCGGUUGGUACAGGUGGGCUCUGAGGUGAACGCUAUGACAACACGCUUUUCACAAACUCCGGCACAUAUCGCUGCAUUUGGAGGACACCCAGAGUGCCUUGUGUGGCUCCUUCAAGCUGGUGCUGACAUCAACAGACAGGAUUAUAUGGGUGAAGCCCCCAUUCAUAAAGCUGCAAGGGCAGGUAGCAUGGAUUGUAUCAAUGCCCUGUUGUUCUCAGGUGCAAAACCAGAAUUAAGGAACACAAACGGGUUUACUGCGGCCGACCUGGCCCGUGCACAAGGCUUCCGGGACUGUGCUCAGCUCCUGUCCAAUGCGGAGAAUCAACUCAAGCACAUAAACGGGUUUGGCCAUAAUGGAACUGACCUCACGUACAUUCAAGGGCGGAGUCUCCUGAAUGGUGCAACCAAUCGGAAGAGACUCCAUGAUUGCUCACAGCCAAAUGGUGUCAAAAAAGCUAAAAUUGACUGCAUGGAUUUUCCUUUGAAGACUAUUAGUGCUAUGGAGGAGGAUAUUGAAAGUAUGCAUGUAGAAUCCUCCACAGACAACAAAUCAGAUGGCACCAUAGAAAUAGCAACAGGCUUAAGCAAUGGCCACACACAACAGAAGAGCUUUGAGAGAAAUGGCCAUUGCCACCCACACCAGCUUGACACGCUCGAGCUGGGCAGCAACAUGUGCGGCUCCCUGCACCUUAGCGGCAGCCCCAGCGCCUGCAUGUCUCACAGGCCCUUGUGGGCCACGUUCUCAUCAGACUUCAGUGACCAUCUGCACUAUGGCCACUACCACGGCUUUGGGGACACUGCUGAAGACCUGGAUGAAGCUGGUACUCGCCAAGAGCACAUUACAACUGUAAAGCUUGAGCAGCACUACAACCAAGAGGUGUUAAAUGCCAUGCAGCUGUUUCAUGGAUCAUGAAGGGAUUAGAGCCCUUCUGUUUAUAUAAAAGUGGGUGCAAAGAGCCACCCAGUCACCUUAAACCUUAACCAGUUUACCCUGACUUUGCUCCACAGUAAAGGAGUUUUUUGUUGUAUGGAAAAACCUUUGUACCAAAGGAGUAUUUGUGUUUUUGAACCUGAAUUUUUGUGAACACUUUAUUUUAUGGUAUGUUUGAAUAAUAAAUAACUGAUGAUCAUUGAGUAGAUAGUUUGUAGUUUACUGUGGUACAUUCAGCAAUGGGUAUUUUUUCCCCUUUCUCACCACAGAAGUUGAAAGACCUAUUUUAAAAAUAAUAGUGGGGUUUCAUGAUUUUUCCAUUGAUAUGUUUGUGGGGGGUUUGUGCAAAUUAUUUUCCCUUAAGUAGUUUUUGGCACUAGCAUUAUGCAAUGUUUGGAGCAAUCUCCUUUUUCUAGUUUUCUUGAGAAGUUGAGUUGAAAGAAUUAUGUAAAAGUGAAUUUCACUGUAAAAGUAUGGAGUUUUUUUCCCGGACGAUCCUUUGAUCUUUUGUGUUGUGACAUAAAAUGGUUUGAGAAUGAA